UUUAAAAAAACAUUUAAUAACUAUCAUAUAGUGAUAGUUAUUAUAAUAGCAUAAUUUAUAGUUAACUUAUCCAUACAAUAAUAACAGGAAACAAUAAUAAUGUUAAUUUUUGGCCAAUUAGUCCAAAUUGUUUUAAUAGUAUUAUCAGUAAAUAUUUUGCUAAUCAAAACUAGUACUGAUCUCUGCGAUGAUACUACUAUUAUUAAUACAACACCGACACCUAGUAGUACUACCCCUACUACAACUACAGAGCCUAUGUUGGUUACAAAAUACCAUACCAAUGAAGAUAGCAGUUUUACUGUAUCAUUGAGGACCAACAUCAAUGGUAGUAACAGACACUUGUGCAGCGGUACUAUAAUAAGUCCCCAUUGGGUACUAACAGCAGCCAGUUGUGUAUAUAAUCGUACCGUUUCAAAUAUUAGAGUAUUUUAUAAAGAGUAUGCCGUCAACCAUACGGUUAUAUACGAUCACUACUUACCCGAAACUAACGAAAACAAUAUAGCAUUGGUUCGCCUAAAAGACUAUAUUGUCGACAACUCUUUGAGCGAAAUACUAUCAUUAGGUGACCAACCGGUUGCCAACUGGUCACUGGCCUAUCUACACGAUUGGGAAACGAAAAAAUUUUAUUUUAUGCUAACUAUAAACGCCCGGACUAUCGAUUGGAAACAUUGUAGUAGUAUAGUGUCGACCUACAACACCACCACCACCACCACCAACAACAACAAAACAAAAGCAAUAACAAAAAUACCGAUUAUUAAUAGUAAUAAUAUUUGUCUGCUGACCGCCAAAGGAGAGGGUGUCUGUCGUGCAGAAUAUAAUGAUGAUGUAGGCGGUGCAGUGACAGUAGAUAAACAAUAUUACAGUAUAAUGAAUAUUUUACUUAUAUUGUUGCAUGUUAUUGGCUAUUAAGUACAGCCCACAUAUAGUAUAUACUGUAUACCCUACCAGCCUAUAUAAAAGCCUACUGUUCCCAACUCAGGGACUGACACUCACAGAUCAGAGAUAUAAGAGUCUGACUCUGAGAGUACUGGGACUCUCUCAGUAUUUUGUGUUAGUUUUUAGUUGAGUCUCAGACUCUACACAUAUAUUCACUAAUGUAUUAUUAGACUAGUUUUAGAUAACCACUUGAAUAAAACUUAUAAAUAGUUAAUUCACUUUAAAUUGUGUCAACUUAAUCAACAACUACAACCGUACGCGUGCUAGCGGUAGGGUAGCGCCCGAGCCCUGAAGGGCUCAAUUUCGGACCAAAAGGUGUCCGAAAACCAACUGGUCAUCGGCGGUCGUCCCGCGAGUUGCUCUACGUUAAUGAUUGGUUGGACAGCCCGGACGGACUCAAGAGCCGCUCACCCGAGUCGAUUCACGCGCGCGUAUUAUAUUGUAUAUGGUGGAGGUCGCAAAGGUAACGAUUUCAAAAGUACUUAUCUGAUAAGUUUAUAUAAGGUAUG